AUGAUACGAGAUGGAGUUCUUAAAGCAACUUCAGGAGCACUGGUGAUGUUGAAAGGCGUGAGGAAGAACAAUUUGUACUACUACCAAGGUAGUAUAGUAUUGGGGACAGUAGCAGCAGCAACUUCUAGAACCAAGAAGGAUGUUGAAGUAACGAAGUUAUGGCAUAUGCGGUUAGGAGAUGCUGGUGAAAAGUCCUUACAAAUUCUUGCCAAGAAAGGAUUGUUGAAAGGUAUAAAGACUUGCAAACAUGAAUUUUGUGAGCAUUGUGUUCUGGGAAAGCAACGAACAGUGAAGUUUGGCACUGCAAUUCAUAAUACCAAGGGUAUUUUAUAUUAUGUACACUCAGAUGUGUGGGACCUGCCAAAACUCCAUCCAUCGGAGAGCUGGGAUGAAUUGAAUAACGAGAGCAAUGUGCCUCAGCAAUAA